AUGAAGAAAGGUCAAAUCCCACCCAUCAAAGCGGUGGGUGAUUACAACGUGACCGAGGCGGUCUUCAACCGCAUUUACUCCCCGGUAACUUUGAGCCAGGAAUGGUCCAAAGUGGGGCGCUUGCUCCUCAUGGUAUUAUUCUCGACCAUUGGGAGCACCAUGAAUGGAUUCUUCGUGUCCGCUUUCUUCGUCGAGCAUACUUUGAAGAAGAUUGGCAACGUCUACCUGGCCUGCGUUGGAAUGUCUGAUCUCAUCCUAACAAGUAUCGUAAUGCCAACAUGUGCAGUGGUGCUCCUGUCAGGACAAUGGGACAGCGUACCUCUUUGUUACGCGCUGCAAUUUUUAAGCGAAUUAGCAACAUAUUCUUAUAGCUUAUUCUUUAUGUUGGUAGCUGCUGAGAACUACUAUCGACUUUGCCGCAGCCCGGAAGAAUACGAGAUGUUCAUUUCGAUGCGCGUGGGGCUCAUAAGUUUCUUCGUCUUUGCGGUGAGUGUCGCCACAGCCGGGACUGGAGUGUACCUCGACCUGGACUACGACUACUGUCAGCGCAAGCAUUACGGCAACUUCUACUUUCGAGUGACAACCGCGGUCUUAUUCCACGCUAUCCCCUUCAUUAUGACCAUGUUCGGUUUGUUUUCCGCUUCCUUCGGCAUCCGACGCAAGGCGCGCAAGCAAGUCUAUUACAAGCGCUCUCAGCAAUACGAGAGGGAUUACUCGACCGCUCUCCUGAACAUUACGGCAUACAUUCUAUUCGUCGUUGCGUGGAUACCCUACCUCGUCGUCGUGCACGAGUUCCCUGGCACCAGCGACUCGAAAUAUUACCACUGCGUUUGGAUUGGCAUGUGCCGUUCGGUUUUCACCAGCUUCAUCUACGGCAUACUGGGCAGGAACUUCAGACGCGCGUUCGCACACCUAUUCAACUACUGCUGCUGCAAGAGCACUCUUUCCGGUUCGUUCAACAACCGUCACCGAAGGGCCUUGGAAUACAAACCAGCUACGGGCGAUGUAAGAGUCCACAUAAUGCACCAGGCGGUACACCCUGGAAGUCCCCAGCGCGCUGCUUCUUCUUCGCGUGAGACGCAGGAAUUA